AUCUCCUCUAUCCUCUCUCUGACAGUCGCAGCUGUAGAGACUGUUUUUGUUCCUUCUCUUCCACCAAUACAACAAUUAUAUAUAUAUAUAUAUAAACAUUUCUUCUGUAUCGCACUCUCUGUAUUUUCAGUCUCAACCCCAAUCCUCUCUCUCUCUCUCUCUCUCGUUUUGGCUAUGGAGUCAGUGUUCUGGUUCUGUUUCGUAGCUUUUCUUCUUCAAUGUCUCACAAUCACCGCAAAACGAACCUACAUUGUCCACAUGAACCACCACAACAAACCACUAUCCUACGCCACCCACCAUGACUGGUACUCCGCUCAUCUCCAAUCUCUCUCCUCUGAUUCCGACUCCCUCCUCUACACCUACACCACCGCCUACCACGGCUUCGCCGCCUCUCUCGACCCACACCAAGCCGAUCUCCUCCGCCACUCCGAUUCAGUCCUCGGAGUCUACGAAGACACCGUCUACACCCUCCACACCACUCGAACCCCUGAGUUUCUCGGUCUCGACACCCAGAUGGGUUUGUGGGAUGGUCACACACCGCAAGAGCUGAACCACGCUUCUCAGGAUGUUAUCAUUGGGGUUCUCGAUACCGGAGUUUGGCCGGAAUCGAAGAGCUUUGAUGAUUCCGGUAUGCCGGACGUUCCUUCACGGUGGCGAGGAGAGUGCGAGUUGGCUUCCGAUUUCAGCCCUAAACUCUGCAACAAAAAAUUGAUCGGCGCUCGAAGCUUCUCGAGAGGCUACCAUAUGGCUUCGGGGAACGAUCCGAAGAGCACGAAGGAGAUCGAAUCGCCGCGCGAUCAGGACGGUCAUGGUACUCACACGGCGACCACAGCCGGAGGAGCCAAUGUGGCUAACGCGAGCCUCCUCGGCUACGCCAGCGGGACGGCGCGUGGGAUGGCGACGAGAGCGCGCGUCGCGGCUUACAAAGUUUGCUGGAUAACCGGCUGCUUCGGCGCCGAUAUACUCGCCGGAAUGGAUCGCGCCAUAACUGACGGCGUUGAUGUGCUGUCCCUCUCGCUCGGCGGCGGCUCGGCUUCGUACUAUCGGGACACGAUCGCAAUCGGCGCGUUCACGGCAACGGAAAUGGGGAUCUUCGUGUCUUGCUCGGCUGGAAACAGCGGGCCGAGCCGAGCCUCGCUCGCGAAUGUGGCUCCUUGGAUCAUGACGGUUGGAGCCGGAACUUUAGACCGGGAUUUUCCGGCUUACGCGGUUUUGGGUAACGGCAAGCGGUUCACUGGGGUAUCCCUAUAUAGCGGUCUGGGAAUGGGUGAUAAAGCGGUCGGUUUAGUUUACAACAGAGGAAAUAGCAGCUCGGGCAAUCUAUGCUUGCCCGGUUCGCUUGAACCGGAAUUGGUACGUGGGAAAGUGGUGUUGUGCGAUAGAGGGAUCAACGCACGUGUGGAGAAAGGGGAGGUGGUGAAGGACGCGGGAGGAGUGGGAAUGGUGUUGGCGAACACGGCGGCGAGUGGGGAGGAGCUGGUGGCGGACAGCCACUUGUUGCCGGCGGUGGCGGUGGGGAAGAAGGCGGGGGAUGUGAUUAGGGCAUACGUGGCGGCGGCGGGUGGGAGUGCGACGGCGGUGCUGAGUUUUGGUGGGACGGUGUUGAAUGUGAGGCCGUCGCCGGUGGUGGCGGCGUUUAGUUCGAGGGGGCCCAAUAUGGUGACGAUGCAGAUAUUGAAGCCCGAUGUGAUUGGGCCUGGGGUUAACAUCUUGGCUGCGUGGUCAGAGGCUGUUGGGCCCACUGGGUUGGCCAAGGAUACUAGGAAGACCCAGUUCAAUAUCAUGUCAGGUACAUCCAUGUCAUGCCCACACAUUAGUGGUCUAGCAGCACUGCUCAAAGCAGCACAUCCAGAUUGGAGCCCCAGUGCUAUUAAAUCAGCCCUCAUGACCACUGCUUACACUCAUGACAACACCAACUCCCCUCUCCGUGACGCCGCCGAGGGUGACAUCUCCACUCCGUUUGCCCAUGGCUCUGGCCACGUCGACCCCCACAAGGCCCUCUCCCCAGGCCUUGUGUACGACAUCUCAACCAAUGAAUACAUCACAUUCCUCUGCUCUUUAGACUACACUGUCGAGCAAGUAAAGAUGGUUGUCAAGCACCCGAAUGUAACGUGUUCGAGGAAAUUUGCUGACCCUGGCCAACUCAACUACCCAUCGUUCUCGGUCAUGUUCGGGAAAUCAAGAGUUGUAAGGUAUACGCGAGUUUUGACGAAUGUUGGAGCUGCAGGGUCCGUCUAUGAUGUGGCGGUCAAUGGGCCAUCAACGGUGGCUGUUACAGUGAAACCUGGUAAACUUGUUUUCAAGAAUGUGGGAGACAAGCUGCGAUAUACUGUGACGUUCAUGUCCAAGAAUGGUGUGGAUCCUACGACUCGGAAUGAAUUUGGUUCGCUGUCUUGGAGCAAUGUUCAACACCAAGUUACGAGCCCGAUAGCAUAUGCUUGGUCACAGAUGUGAGAUUGCAGGUUUAUGUUUGUGACGGUGCAAGCAUUUCAGUCCUGUUUGGGUUGUGUCGUGUGUAGUUGUUGCUGAGCAGUGAAGAAAACUGCAAAUGGAUCUGACCCGGGUCAAGGAAUUUGCAAACAGAGAGGCAAAAUGAGAAAGGGAGAGAUAGAAAGUUUCUCCUGAAAUCUGAAUUUGGUGUGUGCUAGUGUGAAAGCUAUAAUAUAAUAGAAUUAGGCAUGUCCUGUUUAGUACAGCUUUGCAAGUAUGUUUGUUUGAAAUGAUAUCGACUAGAAUAAUAUGAUAGUAAGUUUUAUUAGUUUGUAUUAACAUUAUUCUAAUCAACGAAGAAUCAAUAGUUUAAGAUGGCAUCAGAAUUGGAAA